AUGGGAUUUGAGCAAAGUAAUCGUGUGUCGAGAACGGGGCACGGUUCCACGUUUCGUGUUCAUGACCAAUUCACUGAUCGCAUUGAUCUGAUCUGCACUGGCCAUCCGUAACAAUUCCUGUCGUUUAUGAUUGUCAGCUUCUUGUAACACGCUUUUCAAAAACGCGCGCGUGACUGCGGGUAUCAAUUUUUAAAAAUACCCCGAAAACAGUAUUUAAAAUCUGUUUGAAAAUAAAUUUGGUUGACUUUUUUCCUUUGAAGUAUAUUUCAUAGGACAGCCGAGCUUUUUCAAAACACCCUAUAAACAGCCUGUUUCAGUUAGGUUUGGAAACAGGUUUCCAUUUAAAUACCUUUUAAAUGAGGAUAGUUUGUGAAAAUACAGUAAAAACAGCUAGUUUUAAUCCUGUUUGGAGAGAUUUCAAGAUGUUCGUCAUUCAAAUCACAAUUUAAAUUGAACUGCCUCUUAAACCUUCUUCGAACAUGUUUUAACUAUGCUAUUUAUGAGCUGUUUAAGGUCGUAGACGAGGAAGUAUAUUCAAAAUAGUCUUUAAACAUCCUAAUUAAAACCUGAUUUUGAACUUUACUUGUAAAAACUACUUUUUAAAUCUUUGAUUUUAGGUUCUUCUUUCCAAAAUGCAGUUUAAAUACGGUAUUUAAAAAAAUUUUAGCAACUUGCCAGUACUCUCUUUCCGAAAAUAUAGUUUAAAUACUGUAUGUAAAAUGUAGUUUUGAUAGCAAAUAUAUUUCAAGUACAAGGAAAACCUGGGAAAAUGUUUUAAAUAUUAUUCAAAUAGAUGUCAAAUACAAUUCAAACUUUUAACGCUAUUUUGGUUUUAGUCGUGAAAUAUAAUAAAAAUACCUCAAAUUGUGGUAAAAAUAGUUUUUAAAUCAUUUAAAUAGCUUUAAACUAUUUCACAAACAGUUUUAAAAUACACUUGAUUUGGUGCGGUAGUUUCCCCAACACUUGCAAUUAAUGAUUUUCGAGUUACUCAAGUCGCUACUGCUAAAACUCUUGGAUUGACCAUCGAUGAUGAUCUCGAUUGGGGUAGCCAUAUGGAGAACAUAAUAGAGAAAGUAUCUUCUGGCAUCGGGGCCAUUAAGCGAGUAAGGCACCUUAUCCCCCAAGCGACCUUACAACUAAUUUACCAACCUCGUAUUGACCCUCACCUCAAUUAUUGCAAGACAGUUUGGGCAAGCAGAAGCAUUCGUGGAAAGCAGCUUUUUUUAAAUAUUUUUUAUAAUGUAGAAGGUUUAUGUUUUCUUAUUUGAACUGUAAUUUUUUGGCUGAUGAAUUGACCGUGAAUAAAUAAAGAUUAUGAAAUAAAGAUUAUCUAUCUCCCUAUUUAUCUAUUCCAAUAAAUAGACGACCGGAAGUGAAUAUUACCCAGAAAUUUUGGUUAAAGAUGGCAAAAAAACCUUACGCCAACAUUUUAUUUUGCGUAAAAUUGUCUAAAUGUUUACGUUAUAAGCCUAGAAUUGUAUCAAGUUAUAACAAGUUAGCUAUAACAGCGUUUAGCUACUUCACGCCAUGUGUGAAUGUUACAUUGUAAGGCCUACAUUCAUAUAAUAAGAUGUUUACUAUUUAGAAAAAUGACAUAAAGCGAAAAAUAUCUCCCAUAUUCGUGCGCAGAAAACAUCAGCAACUGUCGUGAUUGACUCAAGUUGCUUCAGAGAAUCGUAUCAAUGAUUUGGAAAUGCCCUAUCUGCCUGCACGACAUUUCGUUUGAUCUUAAUGAGCUACCAUUUGCUUCUCUGUCCGAAGCCCUUCGCCGAGCGAAACUCGAAAUCGAUAUGUUUAGACUUUAAGGGCUGUGGAAACUCCUGGUUUCUAAUAUGUGCGUGCUAUCGCUCAUAUUUAAUUUAUUUACAUUGCUAGGAAACAAAGACUGCCUAAGCCGAACGUGAGAAGUAUUGAAUAUCGAUCAAUGAAAAACUUUGAUGAGCCAGCUUUUCUUUCGUCCUUAAGUGACAUUCCAUGGGACACUGCUUACACCUUUGAUGAUGUGAAUGAUAUUUGGUGCCACUGGAAAAGCCUUCUCAAGCAAGCUAUUGAUCAUCAUGCUCCACUCAAACGCGUGAACCUUAAAAGCAAUCACCUGCCGUGGAUCAACCCUGCUAUUCAAAACCAAAGACGCAUCAGGAAUCUUUUGUACGAAUGA